AGCCCAAGUGCACUUUGUUGGCUGGGAAGUUGGGAAGGGAAAAUCUCUGCAUCUGUCCUAUAUCUUCUUCCCUUCAAUGAACCUGCUUUGUAUGAUGUCCAAGAAUGUCCAUUUCUGGAGCCCUCAGUAACUACUUUGUGGAGUCCAUAAUAAGCCCUGAGAGUGAGGAGCCUCCAGCACCCAAAUACUCUGGACAGUACCCCAGCCCCCGGGCGGCAGGACACUCAGACACCCUGGACUUCCCCUCGUGUAGCUUCCAGCCCAAACCUCCAGUGUUCACAGCGUCCUGGACUCCCCUGAACCCACACAGCGCCGCUGCCACCCCCCUGCCUCCUGUCUACCACCCCUACCUACCGCAGGGGGCCCCCACUUCAGAGACCAGGUACUUACGGGGCUGGCUGGAACCGCUGCCCAGGACUGAUUCUGGACCGGGACAAGGAGCCGUGAAGGCUGAGCCGCUGCUGGGGCACCCUGGGGAGCUGCAGAAAUUGGGAGCCCAGGAGUACAAUCUAGAGUCGCCUGCUGGAAGAGAGGAGGUUAAUGAGAGGCCCACUUUCCAGGACAAUAAACUGUGCGAAGGAAGCGAGGACAAAGACAGGCCACAUCAAACUAACCCCUCUGCUAACUGGUUGCACGCCAGAUCCUCAAGGAAGAAGAGGUGUCCCUACACCAAAUACCAGACCCUGGAGCUGGAGAAAGAAUUCCUGUUUAACAUGUACCUGACCCGGGACAGGAGGCAUGAAGUGGCCAGACUGCUCAACCUGAGUGAGAGACAGGUCAAAAUCUGGUUCCAGAACCGGAGGAUGAAAAUGAAGAAGCUGAACAAGGAACAAGGGAAGGAUUAACCCUGUAUCUUCUCUCCAGAAUGCACCUGCUCCCUAUUUAUGACUACACUUGCAUAGGACUUUAUCCAUCUUUAUUUGCAUGGCAAACGGAGGCGGUUGUAGACUGUCCAGGUAGUAGCAAGCAAGCAGCAUUAAUGUUAUUUUCUGAGCAGUCCUGCGCUACAUGUCCACCUGUUGUCCGUCUGCAGGCAGGAGAUGUGGUACCUACCUGCAGGUGGGUAGCUCAACAUGGGUGCUAGUCUGCCUAUAACCUCCCCUUCAGCAAAUGAAGGAACAUAGUGCAAACCUCGCACCAUCCAUCAGCAUUAUCAUAAAGAGCUAUAACUUAUAGAUUUAUUUAAUAUUCACUCCCUCUAUUAUGGGAAGUUGAGCCAGCAGACUCCCUUUUUAUACUGAGCCAGAAGAUUAUG